AGCUAUAGCAUAUAUCGGUCCCUUUUGUCACGUUGUUUUUCGGUCAUCAAAGUCAGAAAAGGAGAAGGGGAAAAGAAAGCAAGGAAGAAGAAAUGGCGCAAUCGACGGUUGGGAGAAACGUAGCAGCUCCAUUGAUGUUUCUCAACUUGGUUAUGUACGCAAUCGUGUUGGGUUUCGCCAGUUGGUGCUUGAAUCGGUACAUCAACGGCCAGACCUACCAUCCAAGCUUCGGUGGGAACGGGGCGACGGGGUUCUUCCUGACGUUCUCGAUCCUGGCCGCGGUGCUCGGGAUAGUGUCCAAGCUCUUGGGCGGGAACCACAUCAGGACAUGGAGGAACGACAGCCUGGCCGCCGCUGCUUCCACCGCGAUCCUCGCGUGGGCGGUCACGAUGCUGGCGUUCGGGUUGGCGUGCAAGCAGAUCAACAUAGGAGGGCACAGAGGGUGGCGGCUGCGGGUGCUGGAGGCGUUCGUCAUAAUCCUCGGGGUCACUCAGGGUCUGUACGUGAUGUUGCUCCAUGCCGGGAUGUUCAGCAGCAAGUACGGGCCGGGGUACAGGGACCCCGAUUACGGCGUCGGAGCUGGAGCCGAGAUGCCCAAGGGUACCGGCGCCGGUGUGACCGGUGCGAGGGUUUGA